AAUAGCUCCGUGUAACAGUGUGACGAGAGGGGCAGAGGCAGGAGACAAGGCUGGGCCCCCAGUGCUAGGGAAGGGCCCUUGGGAGGCGUGGGCUCCUGAGCCCCUCCUUGCUCAGUCACACACUUGCUUCAAUGUGUCACCUCAGUCUCAGGCUCCAUCACCCUAGGCAUACACCCAGAAGCAGCAGCAGCAGCAGCAGCAGCAAAGCAGUGUGACACAUCUCUCAGAGGUGUGUGCCCAGUGUCCCCAGGAGGUGGGAGUUUCUCUGAGUCUCUAUGUCUGAGCCACCAUGGCAUGUGCAGGGCCAGCCAGUGGGCGGCAGCGGGUGAGCAUGCAGGAACAUAUGGCCAUCGAUGUGAGCCCUGGCCCCAUCCGGCCCAUCCACCUCAUUUCUGACUACUUUCCACACUUCUACCCCUUCCUGGAGCCGGUGCUGCGCGCCCCGGACCCACAGGCAGUGCUGGCCCCAGCCAUCCACUCUGCAUCGCAGCUACAGCCCAACUCAGAGCCAGAAGGAGACUCAGAUGACAGCACUGCCCUAGGCACCCUGGAGUUCACACUACUCUUUGAUGAGGACAACAGCGCCCUGCACUGCACGGCCCAUUGUGCGAAGGGCCUCAAGCCAUCAGCCUCAGGCUCCAUGGACACCUACAUCAAAGCUAACUUGCUGCCAGGGGCCAGCAAGGCCAGCCAGCUUCGGACCCACACUGUUCGAGGCACGAGGGGACCUGUCUGGGAAGAGACACUUACCUAUCAUGGCUUUACUCGUCAGGAUGCUGGACGGAAGACCCUGAGGCUAUGCGUGUGUGAGGACUCCCGGCUGCGGCGCCGGAGGCGAGCACCACCCUUAGGGGAGCUACGGGUGCCCCUGAGGAAGCUGGUGCCGAACCGAGCCCGGAGCUUUGACAUCUGCCUGGAGAAGCGGAGGCUGACCACGAGGCCCAAGAGCCUGGACACAGCUCGUGGCAUGUCUCUGUAUGAGGAGGAAGAGGUAGAGGCAGAGGUGUCUGGAGAGGAACGUGGGCGCAUCCUACUGUCCCUGUGCUACAGCUCCGAGCGCGGUGGCCUGCUGGUGGGUGUGCUGCGCUGUGCCCACCUUGCUCCCAUGGAUGCCAAUGGCUACUCGGACCCCUUUGUCCGCCUUUUCCUGCAUCCAAGUUCUGGGAAGAAAUCCAAAUACAAGACCAGUGUUCGGAGGAAGACCCUGAACCCCGAGUUCAAUGAGGAAUUCUUUUACGCAGGUCAUCGGGAGGAGCUGGCCCAGAAGGCACUGCUGGUGUCUGUGUGGGACUAUGACCUGGGCACGGCUGAUGACUUCAUAGGUGGGGUGCAGCUGAGUGGCAGAGCCAGUGGGGAACGCCUGCGCCACUGGCGUGAGUGCCUCGGCCGCUGUGACUGCCGGCUGGAACUGUGGCACCUGCUGGACAGUGUGCCCCCCCAACUCGACGAGUAGCCAGCACAAGGCCCUGCUUGCAACCUAUUCAGGGGCCAAGAUGUCUGCUCCAUCUAGAAAGAGCUCUGGGUUGGCCCCAUCUGCUUUGCUUACUUUUGUCUCCUUUCAGUCGCGCUACCCCAGAACACAAAGCAAAAUAAACAUUUGUUUCUGCCAGGCAGGAUUGUCCUUUGCCUAGGAAUGUCUGCUGCUUCUAGCCCCUUACCUCACAGGGCAGACCAGGCCCCUAUUUCCUGUCUCCCAACCCUUAGGGCAGUAUUUCUCAGUCUUCCUUAUGUUGUGGUGACCCCCAACCAUAAAAUCAUUUCAUUGCUAGUUUGUAACUGUAAUGUUCCUGCUGUUAGGAAU